AAGAGCCGGUGCAGGCGGGGGGCGAACCGCCCCCUGCCCUUCCCUACAGAGCCGGGGUCAGGUGAGGAACAGUCCCCGCCGGGAACUGCUCCCCCCGCUUCCCUGGCUGCACCGCCCCGGCUCGCCCUCUGCCCUUCCCUGCAGAGCCGGGGGCAGCAAGGGUUCGACGAUCAUUCAGAAUCUGAAGUGGAGGAAUUGGAGGACCACACACCUAUAGUUGAAUCCCCACCAUCUCUGGAUGACUUACCUGACGUGGAAGCACCGGCAUCUGCAGCCCAGCCAUCUGUAGUGGAAUUGCCAGUGUCUGCAGACCAGCUGGCUGUCAAGAAGCCACCACCUUCUAAGCACCACUUCCUGCUCAUUGUAUAGUCUGCAUCCAGGGAAAGCUCACCUGAGAUCAGAUCACCUGUGGGUGAACUUCCAGGCUUCAAAGUCAAGAUGCACACCUCUGAAUCCACACAGGAUGGCAGUAACACCGUUGAGACUGUGUUGUCAGCAGCAGAGAUUACAUUUGAAUCAUUGGAGAAUCCAGAGGCUUUUGGAGACCCCUAUCAAGUUGCCAUGAAUUAUGUGGAGGAACAUAAAAUUCUACAGAUAUUUCAGGAUAUCACAGAAAAACUGCUGAUCCAUAAGCCUGAUGACCCCUUGCAGUUCAUAUUGCUGGAGGUGCAGUCUAUGAUAAAUGCCAAGCAAGCAGAACCGGAGAAACUAUCGGAAUAGAACCAAAGAUGUGCAGGUGUUUCCAGAAGACGGCUUGUGCACUCCUUUUCGCCCCCAUUGACCUUGCUGUUGUGGUAUUGCCACACCAUGCCUUCAAAGCACCAUGUAGUCAUUAGCAAUAACUUGGAAAAGAUGUACUUGUC